AUGUCGUCCAUCAAUCUAGAGUUUCUCGACUUUGUCGCGUUGAUCACUUUUCUGGUUUUCGCCAAGGCGUACUGGACCAAGCAUCGGAAACCAUAUGGCCUUCCUUAUCCCCCUGGGCCGAUGCCUCUUCCCCUCGUCGGGAACAUCUUUGACAUAUUGAACAAGAACACUUGGAAGACAUAUGCGAAGUGGGGGAAGGAAUACGGCAAUGUCGUGUCUUUCAGCGUGCUUGGCCAAAGGCUGGUGAUCAUCAACUCUUACAAAGCCGCCAAAGACCUCUUCGAUAAGCGCGGCGAGAUAUACUCGGACCGACCGGUAGUCCCGGUGUUUAAGAUAAUGGGUGUCGAUUGGUGGAACACCGUUUUCACAUCUUACUCCCACGAGUGGCGCGCGCAGCGCAGGGUGUCUGAUCACAGCCUGCGCCCAAGCGCUGCAUUGCUAUAUCGGCCGAUGCAGAGGCGUUACACGCACGACUUUCUCAAAAAGCUGCUCCACCGCCCGGAAGCGCUCGACAAACAUAUCACACACCUCACAGGAGCCAUCGUCAUUAACCUCGCAUAUGGCUACGAGAUCGCCGAAUCGAACGACCGGUUCGUGUCUCUCGCAGAAGAGAUCUCGCACAGGUCAUCGGCGGUAUUCCUUCCUGGCGCUACGCUGGUAAACGCCUUACCAAUAUUGAGACACUUGCCCGCAUGGGUGCCGGGCAUGCGUUUCAAAGGCAUGGCGUCGGAAACCGCACGGAUCGCUCGGGAUAUGGUCAACGCGCCGUACGAAUACGUGAAGGAAGCGAUGCGAGACGGGACCGCCCGCCCUUCGCUCACGCGCGACAACCUAAAUGCAUGCCAAGGCAUCGCGCCGACUGAGCAAGAAGAGUUUACGAUCAAAUCGGUCGCCGCGACUCUGUACACCGCCGGCGCGGACACGUCCAAGGCAGCUCUGGGCAGCGCUUUUCUCGCGCUCGUGCUAAACCCCGCCGUGCAAAAGCGUGCGCAGGCCGAAAUUGACGUCGUUGUCGGGCGGGGACGGCUGCCAGAUUUUGGUGACUAUGAGAAUCUGCCUUACGUCAACGCGGUCUGCAUGGAAGUGAAACGCUGGCAUCCGGUGGUUCCAUUAGGGGUGUCACACGUGAUUAGGGAGGACGAUGUUUACGAGGGCUAUUACAUUCCGAAGGGCACCAACAUCUUCGCAAAUCUCUGGGCUAUAUUGCAAGAUCCUGAGACAUAUCCAGACCCAGAUGCAUUUAAGCCCGAACGUUUUUUGACAUCGGACGGCAAGAUAAAGGAAGAUCCAUUACUGUCUUCUGUUUUUGGAUUUGGGAGAAGGAUAUGUCCCGGCCGGCAUUUGGCUGAUGCUACACUCUGGAUCGUCAUCGCGUCUGUCCUGUCGGUCUUCACUGUGGACCACGCCAAAGACGCCGAUGGAAACAUAAUUCCUGUUGAGCGCGCCUAUACUGAUGCAGCGAUCAGGUGA